GUGUUCCGAAAGGAUUCCAUUUUCGUUCGGAAGGAUCUCUCACUCUCAGGGUCGGGCUUCUCUUCACUGCAACUUUUUCUUGGCAAGCCUUCCUCCUCGCAGGCUCGCCCACACCACACCAUCCACCGGCUCCGCCUCCGCCUUCACCCGCCAUUCCGGAAAGGCGCGGCUGCUGGUCUCUCUAGGGUUCGUCGGCCCGGCGCGGGGGUGCGGCGGGGGACCCGUGCUUCUGCUUCCGCACCGAGAGUAUGGCUGGAAGGCACACCAUUGUUCUCGUGCAACCAUCUCCAAACAAAGCGUCCAGAACUUUUAUGGACUUCAGUUCACUCAACCAAGCACUGGAUGGUAUCUGUGCCCGUUAUGAAAAGAAAAUCAUGGAUAUCAACCCGAUGGCCAGGAACUUCACUUAUGACAUCACCGACCUCUACAAUUUCAUCGAUGGCCUAGCGGACAUCAGCGCGCUAGUGUAUGAUCAUCAACUCCAAGCUUUUUUGCCGUAUGACAGGCAGUGGAUAAAACAGAAGAUGUUCCAGCACCUCAAGAACCAGGCACGGCAGUAGCCAGCCGCUGGUUCUGAUUAACAAAAGCAAGUGUACAAGGUGGUAUGUCUGUUGUCUGUAGUUUCAGAUGGUGUGAGAGACCUAGGGUUCAUGUGCUAAUUGUAAGAGAAGAUGAUCGAUUUGCUUGGCUAUCUGCCAUUUCUGA